AUGAUUGACUUCCUAAAGGAUUCGAAUAAAUGGGUGAAAGCAUCAGCAUUUUUUCUUCUUGGAUAUUUCAUUCAUAAAUUACAUGAUUGUAAUUAAAAAAAUGAAUAAUUACUAAAUGAAUAUUGCAGAUCCAUUAACAAAGAUGUCUGUGAAUAUUUCUCAUCUGAUUAAGAAAUUUAUGAUGCUUGUGCAGCAACUUUCCAUUAGGUGGUUGAAAUAUAUGGAUAAGAGAAGUGGCCUAAUCUAUUUAAACUAUUAUAAGGUCUAGUAAAAAAUAAAGGAGUCAGAAAAGUAUUGGCUGAUAACUUAUAUAUAAUUGCUAAAUCAUGUGGUCCGAGAUAUGCUGAAAAAGAUCUUGUGUUCAUUUUAGAUUCAUUUUUGAAGGAUUUGAAUGAUGAAGUCAAAUAUGCAGCUGCACAAAACUUAUGGGAAUUUAUAAGGAUAUUCGAUGAGGAUAAAAGAGAUAAUUUAUUAGAUGUAGUGUUAAUCAUAUAAAGAGAUCAAAAGAAAUGGAGAAUACGCCACCUUAUUGCUAAAUAAAUUAAGCAUUUGGUCCCUUUAUACAGUGUUGAUAACAUAUUUCAAAUAAUAGUGCCAAUCACAUUGAAAUUAUGUAAUGAUAUUGUAGCAGUUGUAAGAAAAUAAGCAGCAAAAGAGAUGCAUUCUAUUUUGUAAUCUUUGAAUACAGAGGAUGAAACAAGCUAAAUUUACUAUUAAUGUUUAAUUGAGAAUAUUAAAGCGUAUGGAAUCAGUCAUCGUUUUAAUCAGAGAUAAGCAUUUGCAUAUAUGUGUUCAAAGUUGAUCACUCUUAAAGAUUUUGAAUCCACUUUCUUGGAAUAAUUUGUAUCCCUUAGUUUAGAUCCGGUGAAGAAUGUUAGAAUUACAGUAGCUCUGAUUGUUUAAAAAAGAUUUUAAUAAGGACAUCUUAAAGAUAAUUAGAAAAUAUAGUAAAUGGUAUAAAAUUUGAAGAGCCAUAAGGAUAGAGAAGUGCUAACAAUUUUGAACUGA